AUGGCUGCGAUACAGAUGAUGCUAAACGUUGGGUUGUUCAAGCUGCCAAAAAGUAAUUUUAGAGGUGCAAAGUCUAACGAAAUGACGAAUCUGCAGUUGCACGUAUUCGCUGAUGCUAGCGAAACAGCGUACGAAUGUGUAGCGUAUUUUAGGGCGAUCAUGCAAGGAAAAGUAAGGUGUGCGUUGGUCAUGAAUCAAUCUAAGGUGGCACCAGUGAAGCAGAUUUCGAUCCCACGACUAGAGCUUGUGGCUGCUGUUUUGGGAGCGCAGUUGUCGCAGGCUGUGCUCGAGAAUCACAACAUCGUUUUUGGGAAAAUUGUUUACUGGAUCGACCCGAGCGAAGUGCUAUCGUGGGUUCGGUCCGAUCAGCAAAGGUACAGACGGUUCGUGGGGUUUCGGAUUGGCGAGAUUCUUACUCUGACGAGGUUGACCUAUUGGCGCUGGAUACCGACUAGAUUUAACGCUGCAGAUAAGCUUAGGAAGUGGGGCAAAGAUCGGAACAUGCAUCCUUAG